AUGUCGUACAAUGGCAUCGGUCUGCAGACCACCCGCGGUUCCGGGACCAACGGCUACGUCCAGACGAACAAGUUCCACCGCAGCGCCUCCCGCCUGCAGCGCACCGAGUGGCGCGACCUCAAAGACAUCCACGGUGCCGGGCCCAAGUCCAACAAGCCCAACGAGGAGAUCCUCGCGCACCAGCGCAAGCGCGAGAUCGAGGUGAAGCUCGCGCAGCUCGAGGAUGAUCUGGAGGAGAAGGGCGUGGACGCGGAGGAGAUCGCCGAGCGGCUGAAGGAGGCUCGCGUCAAGUUCGAGCGCGAGGCCGAGCGGAAGAGCGGGCCCGGACCGGCCGACGACACGCACGCCAUCGCCAGGCGCAAAGCCGAGAAGAUGGAGUCCCUCCGCAGGGCCUUCGGCAUCACCAGGGAGCACGCCGAGGAGAGGGAGGGCGAAGCGUUCGAUCAGGAUCUCCAGGCGAAGAUCCGAGACCAGAAGCGCGCGGACCGCGAGGAGGAGAUGCGCCAGCGCGAGGAGCGCCGCGUGAAGGAGCAGCGUCGCAGGGAGAAGGAGCGUAAACGCGCGGAGAAGGAGCGGAAAGAGGCGGAGAAGGUUCGCAAGAAGGAGGAG